CAUUCAGAAGUACCUUCAAAGGUAUCACAUUGAAACCUGUCCGACUGGCUUUCCGAGUAUUAAAAAAUCUCUAAAGUAGAGCCGACCUACUGAAUAGAAGAGUGAGAACAUGGCUCGGGUUCUAGUCGGAGUUAAGCGGGUCAUUGACUAUGCUGUUAAGAUCAGAGUAAAGCCGGACCAUAGCGGGGUGGUGACCGAUGGCGUCAAACACUCCAUGAACCCCUUCUGCGAGAUCGCCGUGGAGGAGGCCGUCAAGCUCAAGGAGAAGAAGUUCGUCAAGGAGGUGGUCGCGGUCAGCUGCGGCCCCCAGCAAGUGCAGGAGACCAUUCGCACAGCCCUGGCCAUGGGCGCUGACCGGGGAAUCCACGUGGAGGUUUCUGGGAAAGACUACGAGACCCUGGGGCCCCUGCAGGUCUCCAAGAUCAUGGCCGCCUUGGCCAAGAAGGAGGAGGCCAAAAUGGUCAUUUUGGGCAAACAGGCGAUCGACGACGACUGUAACCAGACGGGCCAGAUGACCGCCGCCCUGCUGGACUGGCCUCAGGUGUGUGGAGGUCUUCUCUCGAACCCGCCCGGCGCCCGUUUAACGGUCCCGUUUAGCGGUUUACCGGAGAACGCGGUGCGAGCCACCUGCGCAUUAUGCUCCCUGCGGCUCAACACCCCGCGAUACGCCACGCUGCCCAACAUUAUGAAAGCGAAGAAGAAGAAGAUUGCUAACGUGAAGCCUGCGGACCUGGGGGUGGACCUGACCUCGCGGGUGGAGGUGCUACGUGUCGACGAGCCCCCCCAGAGACAGGCGGGGGUGAAGGUGGAGACGGUGGAAGACCUGGUCGCCAAACUCAAGGAGGCGGGGAGGGUAUAGAGCCAGCAGGGGGCGACAGGGAGCGCGGAGGGGCGCAGGAGGAUGGACCGAACCGCAGAAUGCACCGAGCCGGGCCUGUGAAAUGGUGCGUUCCUGGCAACCCAGCCGAUCCAGAACCAGGACCCCGCCCCUUCUCUGUGUGUGACUCCGCCCACCCCCCCAUGCCUCCCCCUCCCCCCGGUGUCUCCGUAGGUGGAAGUGUGCAGUGUGACACUGUGAUGUAGAGGACUGGCAACCAUGGAAACGCUGAUGCAUUUUGAAUGACAUGCUACAAUUAAGCAGUGUAUAUAGAUUUAUUUGCAUUUGAUUAAGGGUCAGACCUUGGGCCUAACCAUCUAUUCUGUGCUACAAAACAGGCUAAUGUGUCCAUAAAACUCCUCUUUCUUCAUCCCAGCAGUUUUCCUCAUCUCAUACUCCUUUGUGGGCCAGUGAAGUCCACGUUGGCCUGUACUGAACCAUCUGCACUGUUCAUUUAUCCCACUGUAGCAUACUGGAGAAUUUUUUUAAGUGUUACGUGUAAAUAUGGAAGCAGGGCUGUAUUGAGGAGAUGAACGUUUCUGAGGUUAAUUGUUAUAAAGAUGACUAUUUUUUUCCCUCUUUUUCUUUCACCUUGUAAAGAGUUUUGAAAUGCAUCGCCGUUUCUGCAGAACGGUAUUUCUCAGUACCGAAAGGGAGGUGGGGAAGCAUUCAUUCAUCGCAAAGUUGACUUACCACAAGCGCCUCUUUAGCUCUGAUUGUGCAUCAUAACAUAGCAUCGUCCUACGGUAACAAUAAAGAAUAACUGUCUUUUUUCAUAUCUAAA